UUUUUGGCGUGUGUUCGCACCUCCACGGAUGCUAGCAGAGCAUUCAACAGAUGGCGAUCGUCACGGGGCCAAGAGAUACCAAGACAGAAAGUCUGUCGUCAUGCGAACUCUCGGCCCCGUAUGACCUCGGAACUCCGAGUGGGGACUCCGAGGAGGACCCCACCGGCGCAUCCGCCGCAUAUAAAUAAACCCUAGAUCGUCGAGCUUGGGACGAUCAACGGACUUCACCAACCCAAAUUCUUUUCUUCACAACCUUCUCACACUCAUCCAAGAUGGCCCACUCAAAGGCCGUCUACGCUACAGACCAUGCCGCCUCAGUCCUCCAAACCCACAGCUGGCGCACCGUCGCCAACUCAACACCGUACCUCAUCCCGCACCUCCGCUCCGACAUGACCAUCCUCGACAUCGGCUGCGGACCCGGGUCAAUCAGCGUCGACCUCGCCAAGCGGGCUCCCAACGGCCACGUGACAGGGAUCGAGUACGUCCCCGAUCCUCUAGACGAGGCGCGAUCGUUCGCCUCUCGCGAAGGGGUCACGAACAUCGAUUUUCGCGUCGGGGACAUCCAUUCGCUCGCAUUCCCCGACAACAGCUUCGACCUAGUCCACGUGCACCAGGUCCUACAACACAUCGCGGACCCGAUCCAAGCCCUGCGCGAGAUGCGCCGCGUCGCCAAGCCCAACGGCGGCGUCGUCGCCGCGCGCGAGUCGGCCGCUUUCAGCUGGUAUCCUGAAAACCAGGGGAUCCAAACGUGGCACGCGGUGACUGAGCGAAUGGCCAAGGAGAGGGGAGGGCAUCCAACCCCGGGGUCGUACAUUCACACGUGGGCCCAGGAGGCUGGGUUCCCGGUGGGAAGAAUCCAGAAGUCGACGGGGACGUGGUGCUUCAGCACGCCUGAGGAGCGCGAGUACUGGGGCGGUACGAUGGCGGAACGGGCUCAGUCGUCGGGGUUUACGACUAUGGCGCUGGAGGGUGGAUGGGCGACUGCGCAGGAAUUGGAGAGCAUGGCGCGUGGGUGGAGGGAGUGGGUGAUGAAUGAACAGGGGUGGUUUGGGGUACUUCAUGGGGAGAUUGUCUGUUUCAAGUGA